GCCUAGAGAAAGCCCGGAAACGCACGGCGCGCCGAACUUCCUGUUCCGGUGCUUUUUGGGUGUUCUGGACUUGGGCAUUUGAAUCGGAGAUUCGCGGAGGUGGCUGCAAAGGUCAAAGCUGAUUCAAAAGGUGUGGCAACACACAGCAUCCCAGUCUGUUUUGACAUCAAGAGCCCAAAAAUGAAAUGCUUUAAGAGCAAAAAGAGAGAGGGAGAGGGAGAAUCUGGAAUCAGAAUGCAACAAUGCCAGGAAUUAUGUGGACUAUAGCUCUGUGGUAGAACAGAUUUGCCUACAGAUAGUCCCGGGUUCAAUGCCUUGAUGUCUCCAGACGCUGGUGCCAGGAAUAAAAAUGGAGGAGCAGGGACCAAACAAGGGGCACCACUGGGAAACUCAGAGGCAGGCCUGCCUGACCACACGGUCUGUGCGUUCAAGAUCAAAAUCCUCGCGACUCCCUCAGCCGGGAGUGGAUCACGCUAAGGGCUUCCAGGCCUCCAUUGACACCAGCCAGUGGCCUACAGGAGAGUGUGUGUCCCAAGCCCUGCCAGAGCUCCCUGGAGAAGCCCACGAGACUCAUCAGAGGCUGGAUCCUUCUGUGAAAGUGAAGGAAGAGAUUCCAGACAAAAGAACUCUCAGCUUGGAGAUACGUUGCUUGCGCUUCCGGCAUUUUGGCUACCAGGAGGCUGAGGGCCCCCAAGAGGCCUUGAGCCAGCUCUGGGAACUUUGCCGCCAGUGGCUGAUGCCAGAGAGACACACCAAAGAGCAGAUCCUGGAGCUGGUGAUCCUGGAGCAGUUCCUGGCCAUCCUGCCCCUGGACAUGCAGUGCUGGGUCAGGGAACGGGGCCCAGAGACCUGUACGCAGGCCCUGGCCCUGGCGGAGGAUUUCCCACUGAGACCUCAAGAGGCCGAGGGGCCAGAACAAAAGGUGAACACAGUCUGCAUAUGGGGGCCUUUCGCGAAUGUGGCCAUCCAUUCUUCCAGCUCGGGGCAGGAUUCGUCAGAUGCUGCUGAGAUGCAGAUUUGCACGGAGGUCAAGCAGGAGGGUGAUGAUGAGGCCAACUUCCUGGGUCAAUAUUUAGAUGACAGACAAGAAAUGGAGAAUGUGGAGGAGAUCUUUGAGGAGGAAACACUCGAGCAAGUAGUUGUUGAGGAAAUACCCUCGGAAAGAGCCAAAGGGAUUUUUUUCCAGGAUCCUGAGGCUGAUGAGAGGCCCGGAAGCCAGGAGGGGCAAGAAAAUCACCAGGAUGGCCACCCACAGAAGACAACAAAACCAGCUAUGCAACGUGAAGAUGGCAACAGAGGUUUGAACCAAAAUACUUUCCAACACGGAAUCCGCCAGAUCUUUGAUCUCCUUGAAAAUCAGAAGCGGCAAACAAGGGAGAGGCCAUACAAAUGUACGUACUGUGGGGAAAGUUUCCAGAACAAGUCUCACUUGUCAAUCCACGAGAGAACUCACACUGGAGAGAAACCAUAUGAGUGCCUGAAUUGUGGGAGAUCAUUCUCCCAGCACUCUAACCUUCUGAGACAUGAGAGAACCCAUACAGGAGAGAAACCAUAUAAGUGUGUUGACUGUGAAAAAAGCUUCAAUCAGAAAGCAACCCUUAUUAUUCACAAGAGGACCCACACUGGAGAGAAGCCGUAUCAGUGCUCAGAGUGUGGCAAAAGCUUCAGCACUAGCUCCCAGCUUAUAACACACAAAAGAAUCCAUUCAGGGGAAAAGCCAUAUCAGUGUUCUGACUGUGGGCAGAGCUUUAGCCGUAGACCACAUCUUGUAGUACAUGAGAGGACCCAUACUGGGGAGAAACCGUACAAAUGUACAGACUGUGGAGAAAGCUUCAGAAAUAGCUCAGUCUUUACAGUCCAUAAAAGAACUCAUACAGGAGAGAAACCGUAUAAAUGCUCUUAUUGUGGGCAAAGCUUAAGUCGGAGGACCAAUCUCAUUAAACAUGAGAGAAUCCACACGGGAGAGAAACCCUUUAAGUGCCCAGAGUGUGACCAAAGCUUCAGAUCUAGCGCCCUGCUGAAAGCUCAUAAAAGAACCCACACAGGAGAGAAACCAUAUAAAUGCUUAGAGUGUGAAAAAAGGUUCUGUGGUCUCACGGGUCUUCGUAAACAUAAGAAAGUCCACACAGAGAAAAAACCAUAAGGAUAAUCAUGAAGAUAUAAUCAGGGCUGUGGUGACAAGAAAGGGGUUCAAAUCACAGAUGUUGGUUUUGACCUUUUAAAAGCCUUAACUGGACUGGGUGGGGGCUAGGCAUCUUAAGGACCAUUUUAUUCUGUUAUGUGCCAACUCACACUCUUCAACAUCUAAAGCCUCACUCUAGGUACCACUGCUGAAUGAAGCUUGGUGGACCUCUGUCAGGAGCAGGGUCUUUUUUGCAGUGGCACCACUGUGUGCGAUGCCCUGCCUUGAAAAAUUCUCCUGGCACUGCUUUUUCAACCACCAGGCCAAACAUUAGGCUCUUCUGAAAAACUGAUGGCUUCUGCUGUAUUGUUUAUUUAGGUAUUUAUAUAGCUCCAUCAGUGUGCAUAGAGAUUUAAAAGUAAAUGGGGACAGGUCCCUGCCUCAAGGAGCUUGCACUCUAAGGGUGUGUACACACAGCAGUUUGAAGUGGAUUUAAUGCAUCCCAUUCAUGACGUUUUUCCCCAUCGUCUAUACGACAUCAUCCUCAUCCAAGCUGCAGUCCAUGCUUUCCCCCUAUUUAAUUCAGAUUUUCCUGAUCUGCAGAUAAGGGGAUAAAAAAUCCAACAUAAAACUGCAUGUUUCCCAAGUGUGGAUGCACUGAAGUGCAUUCUGUGGGCUUUUUAAAAAAAUGUGUGUAGUGUCAUUUUGCUGGGUGCUAUUUCAUCACCAUAUCCCCUACUUCUGUUUGCUUGUCGCCUGAACACAACUUAGCCAUUUUGUUUCCAUCAUCCCAAAGGAAAGGAUGGAGUGUGCCUAGAUCCACCAGUUGUUGCGGAAGGUAUGUUCAUUGUAAUUUUUUUUAUUUUAAAAAACCAGCUGUUUUGUGCAGAACUGCUCUUGCACAAAACAGCUGUAAUAAAAAUUGCCCUUGCAGGCACAGGAGGCGGGAAAGGAAAAGGGAAAGAAAAAAAAACUGCCUCCAAAUUCCUCUCCUUUCAAAUUACUCUCCCUGUCCUGCCUUGGUCAUGUGUGUGAAAUGUAUUGUGUGUUCUUGUCCAAGCUGCACCAUGACUUUCUGUGUUGUGGGGAAGGAUCUGGAGAUCAAAAGUUUGCCAUAUCUCCACUUGCCCGUCUGUUCUUGCCCUGAUGAGCCUUGGUGGACUGCCGGUUCUCUGCCUGGUGGGCCGGGUGCAACACACUAUUAUUUUUGAAAACACUUGUUUUGUGCAAAUCUGGUAAAUUGGAAAAUAUGCAUUUUAAAUAUUUAAAAAUUGAUGGUUUUGCCCACUGUGAAAAAUGCCUGAAACGUUGGCUUUGGUGAUAAUUACUGUGUUCUUCCACAGACAAAACUUUUUUAAAAAGUGUGUGGACAGGUAAAUACCCCUGCACAUGCCUACAAUGAACCUCAGGUUUCCAGAACUUCUGGAGGCAGAGAAGCAGUAAUUGAGAACAGGGAUAGCAACACACAGUGCAAAUACAUCCCAUCAAGCACUGCCCACUAAUGGAUAGAUUUAAAUUAAAUGCACUCAUGAAUGGAAAAACAUGCACAAAAAGCCCACAUGGAAAAAUCGACCCACAUGCGCAUGAAUGACCAGCUGAGAAUUCCAUGCUGGAAGCAACAGAAAGGGGAGACAGGGGGUCAACAGCAGUGGUGGCUGGUCACUAUUGGGACUGGUAGGGUGGAAGGCAGGGGAGCCCAACAGUAGAUGGAGCCACAGACAAUGACAGGCAGAACCAACAAGUUUUCAUUUUGUUCCCCAUCCUUCCUGCUGAGUUCUACAAGGGCAAAACUACAAGGGGGAGGAAACUGACAGGCAUUGACCUCUCUGGACUGCUUUAAAUAAGCAGGCAGGAAAGCAAGGGCUGGCUGAGGGCAGACUGGUGAGGCACCGCCCCAUUUGCCCUAAUGAGCCAGCCUCCACUGUGUGAGUCCCCCCCCCAGUUCCAUGUGUUUAGUUAUAGGCUGAGUUCUGUGAAGGGUGUGGAAACCAGAGGGUUAAGCCACAGGCUUCAUGGAGAAGGUGGGUUUAGAGGAGGGAUCUUGGUCUUUUCUUACUGUAGAGUUCUUUACAGUUAGGGGUGGGCUGUGUGUGUGUGUUUCUCCUGCUGGGAAGGGAUUUUGAUCAUUUGACCAGCUUCUAUCGUCUCUUUUGUAUUUUAUUUUUUUCCCAUUUAUUAAUUGCUUUUUAUUGUGCGUCUAAUGUUUUGUUUGAACUUUUACUUUGCAAACCACUUUGAAUUAUCAUUAAUAAAUAGAAUAUUGAAUUA